AUGUCUUCCUAUCAGAGCAUCUCGAGGGUUGCGCAGCGCACGGCUGGUCGCAAUUACACGCCAUCAGCCCGUGCCCACCAUGUCUACACUCGUCAGACCCUCUCGCGCUUCGCCGGACACCGCCCUUCCUCCGUAGACCCUGCACUCUCCACCCACCUUACCGCGUCAGCGCGCGGCAGCCGUCUCAUGCACGUGCGCGCCAUCUCGUUCAACUCGGUCCCCAAAGCUGCUUUCCGAGCCGUGCGUCUCCCCGCGUACGGUCUCGCUGCCGGAGGAGGCGCGCUCGCCUACGCAAACUACAAGGUCGACGAGUUCAAGGACAUGCUCGGUCGCUCGUACGGACGGCUUUCGGAUCGAGCCAAGGACGCGUACAGUGGGUUGUCGGAAUUCGGUGCCGAUGCGCUUGAUAGCGCGAGGGACGGAUGGGAGGCGCUCUCUGAGCAGAUCGAUGGUAUCGAUUUGCCAAAGCUGCAGACGCCCGGAUUCUUGCGCAAUUUGUUUGCGGGGAUGGGCUCUGAGAGUAUGGAUACGGAUGGUCAGGAUCAUUCCAGGGCGAGCGGUAGUGGUGGACCUGAUCCAAAUGGUGCACCUCAACUGGCUGGUGCAGCUGCAGUGGCUGCGUCCUCGCUGUUUGGCGAUGACGAAGCCUCCAACGACGCAUCAGACGCUGUCGCCCACGGCAGCACCGAAGAACUCAUGCUCUUGACCAGGAAACUCAUCGAGGUGCGCAACAUCCUCAAAGACAUCGACCACGACUCGGACCAGCUCACGCUCCCUUCCAUCGUCGUCAUUGGCUCGCAGAGCAGCGGCAAAAGUUCCGUCCUCGAAGCCAUCGUCGGCCAUGAAUUCCUGCCCAAGGGCAACAACAUGGUCACGCGUCGACCGAUCGAGCUGACGCUCAUCCACACCGCCUCUCAACCGGGACGUCCCUCCAAAGACACCGUGGUCGAGUACGCCGAGUUCCCCGGCCUCGGUCUCGGCCGCAUCACCGACUUCUCGCACGUCCAAAAGACGCUCUACGACCUCAACAUGGCCGUCCCCGCCUCCGAGUGCGUCAGCGACGAACCCAUCGAGCUGCGCAUCCACAGCCCGCACGUUCCCGACCUCACGCUCAUCGACCUCCCCGGUUAUGUCCAGAUCGCCAGCAUGGACCAACCCGACGAGUUGCGUGAGAAGAUCCAGAAGCUCUGUCACAAGUACAUCCAGGAACCUAACAUCAUCCUCGCUGUCUGCGCUGCCGAUGUCGACCUGGCGAAUUCGCCGGCGCUCCGUGCCAGUAGGCAGGUGGAUCCGUUGGGGCUGCGCACGAUCGGGGUGGUGACGAAGAUGGAUUUGGUUCCGCCCGAGGUGGGAGCGGGGAUUCUGUCAAACAACAAGUACCCGUUGGCGUUGGGGUACGUCGGUGUGGUCUGCAAAAACAGUUUGGGGAUGUUCCAGAGCGGAAAGGGACACGAUCGAGCAGGGGAAGGCAGGAUGACGAGUUUGGUGAUGAAGCAGGAGUCGGACUUUUUCGAUGCAAAUCGAGAGCACUUCCGCGCGCCUCUCCGAGGCAGGAAUGCAGGUGUGCAGCCGAUGACGGGCACGGAUAUGUUGCGAAAGCGACUUAUGUCUGUUCUGGAAGAGUCUAUGGGAUCGUCAUUGCAUGGGAUCGCGAAUGCGGUCCAGGUGGAGCUGGAAGAGGCGAGCUAUCAGUUCAAAGUGCAGUACAACGACCGCAGCAUCACGGCCGAGUCGUACGUUGCAGAGACGAUGGAUGCGUUGAAGUUGCGGUUCAAGGAGUUUGCGGGCAACUUUGGCAAGCCCGAGGUGAGGGCGUUGCUGAAGCAGGCGUUGGAUGAGAAGGUGAUGGACAUCUUGGCGCAGAUGUACUGGAGCGAUGCGCGGACGGCCGAACUGACGCAGCUGGCGGAUGCGAGGAAGCUGGGCGAUGCAGAAUUGGAAAAGUACUGGCAGUACAAGCUGGAUGCCAGCAGUUCGAGCUUGACCAAAUCCGGGAUCGGAAGGAUGUCGACUCAGUUGGUGGUGGAUUCGAUCCGGACGCAGAUCGAGCAUCUGGCCAAGAGCGAGCCGUUCAACCACCAUCCAGAUGCGGCGGAGCGCAUCGUUGCUUUCAGCACGAGGAUCCUGCGCGACCGGUUCGGGCUGACCGCGGAUCAGGUGGAAAACUGCGUCAAGCCGUUCAAGUACGAAGUCGAGGUGGAGCCGGUGGAGUGGGAGGAAGGGAGGAAGAGGUCGAUCGGGUUGGUAGAGAGGGAACUGGGUAUGUGCGAUUCGGCGUUCAACGCGAUCAAAAAGAUGCUCGGCGGUAGACGUUUGAAGGGUGCUAUGGAGUACGUGACGCAUCUCGAGGAGAGGGAACGCAAACGUGUUCAAGCCAGGAUACGUGCUCGGGAAGCCUCUGCCUCACCAUCCGAAAUCGAGGAGGACGAUAGCAACGAUCCUACUCGACCGGACUACAACUCGGCGCUGCUGAUCAAGGCACGAGAAGCGCUCUUCUUGACGGAACGAUCCAAGAUGCUCCGCGCGCGUCUCUCCGCCCUCGCCUCGAAACGCUGUCGCUCCGGUCCCCACUCCAAAGCCUUCUGUCCCGAGACUUUCCUCAACAUCGUCGCCGACAAACUGACGUACACCGCCGUGAUGUUUAUCAACAUCGAACUUCUCAGCGAGUUCUUCUACCAGUUCCCCAGGGAGAUCGAUGCGAAACUCGUGUACGAUCUGGACAAAACCGAGUUGGCCAAGUUUGCACGCGAGAACCCGGGUGUGAAGAAGCAUUUGGAUUUGCAGGAGAGGAAGGAAAAGUUGGAAAUGGUCAUGGACAAGUUGGGCGAUCUGGUCAAAUUGUACAAUGAGAAGAAUGGGGAGAAGAGGGGUGGUCAGGGUAGUAGGUGGAGUUUCUUUUAG